UCUGUAUUUUCAGCCACACCACCUUCACCCUGUGUGUCCCCUAUCACAGUCGUCGCUGCAAGGUCCCCACCUCCCAUCUCAUCUACAUCUGUCAGUGCUUCCCAGUCGGUGUCACCAUCCAGCACCCUGUCAUCUUCGCUAGGCGGUCAUCUGAGUCACAGUAGCAGCAGUAGCAGCAGCAGUCCUCUCAAACGUCAUUCGCCUGGCUUGGUGUGUGUGGUGUGUGGUGACACCUCCAGUGGCAAACACUACGGUAUACUGGCAUGUAACGGCUGUAGCGGUUUCUUUAAACGCAGUGUCCGACGGAAGUUGAUAUACAGAUGUCAGGCGGGAACUGGUCUUUGUACGGUAGACAAAGCUCAUCGCAAUCAAUGUCAAGCAUGUCGGUUGAAAAAAUGUCUUCAGAUGGGUAUGAACAAAGAUGCCGUCCAAAAUGAGCGUCAGCCACGAAACACGGCUCAAGUUCGACACGAUCAAAUUGAAUCGGAGAUCGAUCACGCCUUAACAGCAAACAGUGCAACAGUUUCAGCGACUCAUCCAGCUUUUAGUCCGGGAGCUAACCACCGAUUUAUGGCAAGCCUAAUGUCUGCAGAGACAUGCGCCAAGCUGGAACCGGAUGAUGGAGUUCAGGAAGAAAACAUUGACGUCACUAGCGUUGAUCAUCAACCCGAACACCAUGUGACACAUGCUCCUCCACCACCGGAACCACCUGUACAGCAGCCCUCACAGCAACCAACCUACCCAGAAGCAGCAUCCCUCUAUCCAAGCCAACAAGAAACCAUAAACGAAUGUUCAGCCAGACUUCUCUUUAUGGCAGUAAAAUGGGCCAAAAAUUUACCAUCAUUUGCCAAUCUCCCGUUCCGGGAUCAGGUUAUACUUUUGGAAGAGGCAUGGACAGAACUGUUUCUACUCUGCGCCAUUCAAUGGUCUUUACCUUUAGAAACGUCCCCAUUGUUUGUAGUCUCUGAUCCUUCACAGAUAGUCAAUGGUAAAACGUCGACAAUUGCGGACGUUCGAAUCUUACAGGAAAUUCUUGCACGUUUCAAAGCGAUCCAGGUAGAUCCAGCCGAAUUUGCUUGUCUCAAAGCAAUUGUUCUCUUUAAGCCAGAUACCCGAGGUUUAAAGGAUCCCCACCAAGUAGAAAACCUGCAGGAUCAAGCACAAGUGAUGCUUGGUCAACAUAUUCACACUCAGCAUCCAACACAACCAAUCAGGUUUGGUCGACUUUUACUGAUGCUUCCUGCUCUUCGCUAUGUCUCACCAGACCGGAUCGAGAAAGUUUUCUUCCGACGGACUAUCGGAAACACUCCGAUGAACCGGCUACUAUGCGACAUGUUUAAAAGCUAAACACUUCCAAUUCAAAGUUUGGGGACUGUAGUUCAAACCCGAUCUAAUUCUCUUUCUCUCUCUAUCGCACUCACUCUCACUAUUUCUCCUUUUAUCACCUCCCCCCUCUCUCUCUCUCUCUCUCUCUCUCUCUCUCUCUCUCCCACUCUCAUGACUUACAGUAUUAGUGACCUUUGAACGUUGUCUUUUUUCAUACGAUGUAUCAUACACCUUAUCUACUAAUAUACAUAUCUACUUUUUCUCCCUCACAUGUAACUCGUGAAUUGACUCAAUAUUAUCGUCAAUAUAAUUAUAUCGCCUUACCCACCCCGAUACACAUUUACUUACAUCUGCAUAUAUAUAUAUAUAUAUAUAUAUAUAUAUAUAUAUAUAUAUACAUAUAUACAAUCAUAUAAGGAAUAUCAGUUCAAUAUUAAUCACGAUAACAUUCACAUACAAAACAUGUUUGUCUUUCUCAUUGGCUUAUGAAUAGUUCUUGAAUGCAAACAAAAAAACACUGCACACACAGACCUGUAUAUGGAUGGUGAUGUAAUCAACCAAAUAUCUGCAACAUUUGCUUCCAUCAAUGGACACUUAACUCAUUCACAAAUUUAUGUACAAGAGCAGUGUAUAGUGUCGUUUUUCGUACAGUAUGUGGCGGUGCCUGGUGGUAAAAUAAAAGGCACAAAAUAGCUGUAAAUUCAGUUUUAGGGAAAAAAUUACACAUUGAAAUUACUCAAAAAUAGAUCGAAAAUUAUAUGACUUGACUGGAAUCGAUCACUUCACAGUAAAACUUAUGUAGAGUAACAUUUAAACCGAAUAUCACUGAAGACAUUGAAAGAACAUUACCCUUAGAAUGUGCUUUUGAAAGAUUAUAUAUAUAUAU